UUUUGAGUAAUCAGGAGUUAGAGGAAGUACCAUUUUCACUGAACAACUAAAGCUGUGCCUACACAGAGCUGGCCUUUGAUUUUUCCCUGCCAAGUACUCAUGUUUUCAUGUCUUACCUUCAACAGUGUCCUGCUGCUGCUGCACCUACUACUUGCAAGGUCUUUGGAAGCUAUGUAUAAAGUUGAAGUCGGUAAGAAUGCCUAUCUGCCCUGCAACUACACUCUACCUCCUUCUGGGACACCUGUGCCUGUGUGCUGGGGCCAGGGACCCUGUCCUUUGUCACAAUGUGCCAAUGGAGUGCUCAGCACCAAUGAAAAAAAGGUGACAUAUAAGAAAUCCAAAAGAUACCGGCUAACGGGGAAAUUCUACAAAGGAGAUGUGUCCUUGACCAUAGAGAAUGUGACUUUAGCUGACAGUGGGACCUACUGCUGCAGGAUACAAUAUCCUGGUCUAUGGAAUGAUGUAAAAUUGAACCUGGAAUUGGACAUCAUCAAACCAGCCAAGAUCACCCCGGCUGGGAUUACCCAUGGAGCCUCUGCUACAGCUUCUCCAAGAAUGCUAACCACGGAGUUAAAUGGCUCAGAGACACAGACUCUGGGGACCCUCGUUGAUAAAAAUCAAACAAAGAUUUCCACCUUAGCUGAUGAAAUGGAAGACUCCGGAGAAACCAUCAGAACUGCUGUCUACAUUGGAGUGGGAGUCUCUGCUGGGUUGGCCCUGGCACUUAUCUUUGCUGUUUUAGUCCUUAAAUGGUAUUCUUAUAAGAAAAAGAAGACACAGAAUUUGAGCCUCAUCACACUGGCCAACUUCCCUCCAGUGGGGCUGACGAAUGCAGGAGCAGGCAGGGUUUGGCCAGAGGAAAAUAUCUACACCAUUGAGGAGAACGUCUAUGAAAUGGAGAGCUCAAACGAGUACUACUGCUAUGUCAACAGCAGGCAGCCAUCCUGACCACCUCCGCGCUGUCACUUAUAAAGGCUCUCCUUCACCUUUGACUUUGGUAUUUUCCUCUUUGAAAACUAUGAGAUAUGUCACCUGACAUGUUUUGAAGGUUUUGUCCACAGCCCCCAAGGAGAGCGUUCCUGUUUUCUGCGGGUGGUGAGAGCCCACAGGGAGAUUCAGCUGUAACCUAUACUACAUUGAAAUGUACCAGUACCUCUGAGUUUCAGGGAUAGGAUCUCUAUCCAACCCCAGGAGCUGAAUUCAUGGAUGUUGAAGCUCAUGUGUGCUUUCAUACACUAGGAAGGCUUAGCAUGAUGUCUCUGGAGCUCUGAGACAUUCAGGUUUGAGGUGUGCCCACAGGAUUCCUGAACAGAUAGGGGGAAUAAUAGGCUAAGAUAGGUAGGUGCAGGCAUUGAUGCAGAAAAUCUAAAGAGGCUCUGGCUUUUCCAGAGAUUUCUGACCUUGAAAGAUUAAGAAAGAACCAGGUGGGACGUACCUAUAAUCACAUAACUUGGGAGCUUGAGGCAGGAGUGUGUUGAGCAUGAGAUUUUCUCUCAAACACACAAAAAAAGAAAAAAAACCAAAAAACCAACGAAACAUACACACACCAGGAGGCUGGAGAGAUGGCUCAGACACUGAAACGCUUGAUCCUGAGGAACUUGAAUUUGAUCCCCAGAACCCCCCUGAGAAAGCUAGGCAUGGUAGUGCAUGCUCAAGAGAUGGGGCGGGGUGAAGGCAAAGUAGAUCCCUUGGGCUGGGUUUUCUGUCAGCUUAGCAAAGUUUGAGUUCCAAGUCAGUGAGAGCCUGUGUCUCAAAAUAAGGUGGACUGUGUUUCUAAGGAAUGAUAAUGAUGGUUGCCCUGUGGUCUCUGAGCACACAUGCCUAAGUACCUGAGCACAGAAAUGCACACACACACACACACACACACACACACGCAUGCGUGCAAUCACACUUGAAAGAAAUCAAGGAAGAAAGGAAGGACCAGAACAGGACUAACAGUGAAGGUCCUCUCUGGGCCUGCUGCCUCUCCACGAUGUUUAUCUUUACGUGACUCUCCUCUGUCUCUCUUAAGACUGCUUCUGCCUGGGAGCAUGGUGGUGCUGACCUGUAGUUAAUUCCAGCACUCAGAAGGUUGAAGCAGGAGAGUUUACAAGCAUCGUGCGCUUCCUUGCUGGACUCUCCCUCACAUAAGAAAAAGGCUGCUCACGGGCCUGCUGACUAAAAAGAAACCCUUUUCAAAAGAUGAAUCUUGCCUGUUGUGUGCUCAAAAGGAACUGCCUCAGACAACUUCCCCAUUCAAGGAAGGAAACUGGAGUUGUGCUUUUCACAGAAGAAGAACCAGUGACUGGGAUAUGCGAAGGAAGAGGCCUUGCAGCAAUCUACAUAGUCAGCAAAAGAGCCUUUGGUAGAAGGUCAACAAACCUAAUUUCCAAGCUGGUGGAGACCAAUUUCAUCUGGCUGACGGCUGCCUGCCCAAAACCUUGGUCUGUGUUAGUUUCCAUAUAUAACAGAACCUAAUUAAAUAGUGUGUAAAAAGUUAAA